CGCAUUCUUUGUUGUUACUGCAAAAGAACUGCUGUUGAAUCUUUCCCCCUACUGAGAUGGUUUGGGGAUGCCUGGCUCGCUUGGUGUCUCCAAACAUCCAACAGCAACUUCAGUGAGCAAAAUCUCAGAGAAUUGAUUCAGAGAGAGAGAGGCAGGUUUAGCGUGGGCAGGCUCUCUAGUGGUGUUGAAGAUUUAUUUCUGUUCCAGUCACCUCCAUGUCUUAGCUGAGGCACUCACUCCAUCUCUACCUUCCCUCCCCCCCGAGCCCUCCAGCUACAUUUUGGAGAUGUGCAUGACUUUCCUGUAAGCUCUGUUAACGCGGGAAAAAGCCUGGCUCUCGAGACGUUGCGCAGCCGCGAUUUGCGUUUCUGCCUCCUGACUGACUGACUGCACGCGGAGAAUCCACAUCACUGUGCGCUUCGCAAGCCACUGCACGCGAGCUGCAUCAUCUCGAGCCCGAUCUUUCCUCCAAUCCACAGUACAUGAGAUGACCCUCUGAUAUUAAGAAACAUCCCAUCUCUCCAGAGGUGGACACAGUGUGGCUGAUUACCAGACUUUAGGAGCUGAAUUCUGCUUUGGCUGGAUUCCCUUAUCAGCACAGCAACACCAUGCCUCACCUCCGUCCUCUGCAUACCUCCACUCAAUGUCUGUCUGCUUUCCUCCUCAUCAUCCUGAGUGUUGUCCAGCUUUCCCAGGCCACCACUGAUGCAUCCCACAGUAGUCCGGGAAACUGUUCUGGAGAGUACAGCUGCUCUGAGGGCGUGGUACUUCCUGUAUGGAAUCCUCAGAACCCAUCAGUGGGAGAUAAGGUGGCACGUGCCAUCGUCUAUUUCGUAGCCCUCAUCUACAUGUUCCUGGGAAUGUCCAUCAUUGCAGAUCGCUUCAUGUCCUCCAUCGAGGUCAUCACCUCACAAGAAAAGGAAAUCACCAUUAAGAAACCCAAUGGUGAAACUACCACUGCCACAGUCCGCAUCUGGAACGAGACGGUGUCCAACCUGACCUUAAUGGCGUUGGGUUCUUCAGCACCUGAGAUCCUGCUGUCUGUGAUUGAAGUGUGUGGGCACAAGUUUGAAGCGGGCCACCUCGGUCCGAGUACCAUAGUCGGCAGUGCUGCCUUUAACAUGUUUAUCAUCAUCGCUAUCUGUGUCUAUGUGGUCCCGGAUGGUGAAGUGAGAAAGAUAAAACACCUGAGGGUCUUUUUUGUGACAGCAGCUUGGAGUGUGUUCGCCUACAUCUGGCUCUACCUGAUUCUCUCGGUAUUUUCUCCUGGUGUAGUGGAGGUCUGGGAAGCUGUGUUGACGUUUCUCUUCUUUCCCAUUUGUGUGCUCCAAGCCUGGAUCGCAGACCGCCGCUUGCUAUUCUACAAGUACGUUCAUAAGCGGUACCGUGCCGACAAGAAUCGUGGCAUCAUCAUCGAAACGGAGGGUGAUGGUAUGUUCACAAAGAUGGACAUGGAGAUGGAUGGGCAGGGCACCAACUCUCACCACAAGGAGGUUCUGGAUGGCAUGCUUGCUGGUGUGGAGGAGGGAGGAGGCGGAGGAGCAGGAGGAGGUGGUGGAGAAGAAGAAGAGGCGCGAAGGGAAAUGGCUCGUACGCUGAAGGAACUGAAGCAAAGACACCCUGAGAAGGACAUGGAGCAGCUGAUCGAAAUGGCCAACUACCAGGUGUUGGUUCAGCAACAGAAGAGCAGGGCGUUCUACCGCAUCCAGGCCACACGCAUGAUGAUCGGUGCAGGGAACAUCCUGAAGAAGCAUGCUGCGGACCAGGCCAGGAAAGUAAUCAGCUGCCAUGAGGCCAACGCUCAGGAAGAGGAUCCUCACACCAUCUACUUGGAGUUUGAGCCCUCUCACUACCAGUGCUUCGAGAAUUGUGGUUCCCUUAAACUGGCCGUUGGCAGACAUGGAGGAGACAGUGGCUGCACUGUAAAGGUGGACUAUCGCACUGAGGAUGGCACGGCUAACGCUGGCUCUGAUUAUGAGUUUGCUGAGGGGACGCUGGUCUUCAAACCAGGUGAGACCAUAAAGGAGCUGACAGUCGGCGUAAUUGACGAUGACAUCUUCGAGGAAGACGAGCAUUUCUACGUGCACCUCAGUAACCCACGUGUCGUUCAUCGAGCUGAGGUCUCCAUUCUCGAUCCCAACGCUCCAGGCAAUAGUCUUUUAGGCGCUGUCCCCAUUCAGCCAAAAGCUGCACUGGGUUCCGCUCAUACCGCCACGGUGACCAUCUACGAUGACGACCAUGCGGGGAUCUUCACAUUCGAGUGCGCGUCGAUGCGUGUGAGUGAGAGCGUGGGCCUCAUGCAGGUGAAGGUGCACAGAACGUCUGGAGCACGCGGAAAAGUGGCAGUGCCGUUCCAUACCAGUGAGGGGACCGCCAAGGCUGGAGAGGACUACGAGGAGGUGGCGGGAAAACUGGAAUUCCUCAACGAUGAGACCAUGAAGAUUCUUGAGGUGAAGAUUAUUGAUGAUGAGGAGUACGAGAAGAACAAGACUUUCACCAUCCACCUGGGGGAGCCCAUCCUGCUGGAGAUUGGACAGAAGCAUGGAGAUUCUAAUGACAACAAGCCACCAGUGGGGAUCGGAGAGGAAGAGGUGGCGAAGAUGGGCUGCCCGAGUCUGGGAGAGCACAUCAAGCUGGAAGUGGUGAUUGAAGAGUCCUAUGAAUUUAAGAACACAGUGGAUAAAUUGAUAAAGAAGACUAACCUUGCGCUUGUCGUGGGCAGUAGUAGCUGGCGAGAGCAGUUUGUCAGUGCUGUCACUGUUAGUGCAGGUGAUGAUGAUGAAGAAGAAAGUGGCGAAGAGCGCUUGCCCUCUUGCUUUGAUUACAUCAUGCACUUCCUGACCGUCUUCUGGAAGGUCCUGUUCGCCUUCGUUCCACCCACAGAGUACUGGAACGGCUGGGCUUGCUUCUUCGUGUCCAUUCUGCUCAUCGGCGUUUUGACUGCCGUCACCGGAGACCUGGCCUCCCACUUCGGCUGCACCAUUGGCCUGAAAGACUCGGUCACGGCUGUGGUGUUCGUGGCCCUCGGCACCUCGGUACCUGACACCUUUGCCAGUAAAGUGGCGGCCAUCCAGGACCAAUACGCCGACGCUUCCAUCGGCAAUGUGACGGGCAGCAAUGCCGUAAACGUCUUCCUGGGUAUCGGCGUGGCGUGGACCCUCGCCGCUGUCUAUUGGCAAAGCAAAGGCCAGGAGUUCCAUGUGCCACCCGGCUCACUGGCCUUCUCCGUCACGCUCUUCACCAUGCUGGCACUGGGCACUGUGGUCACACUGCUGUAUCGCCGUCGGCCCUCAGUCUCUGGAGGAGAGCUCGGGGGCCCGCGGACCGCCAAGCUGCUCACCGUUCUGUUCUUCCUCGUCCUGUGGCUCAUCUACAUCCUGCUGGCUUCGCUAGAGGCCUACUGCCACGUGCCUGGCUUCUGAGAGCCACAAAAGAGAAGGCAAGGGAGGGAGAAAAAGAGAGAGAGAGAGAGAGAAAGAGAGAGAGAGCAAGACAGAGAAAGAGAUUUCCUUCCUGUGCAACCACCUAAUUAUUCUCCCUACUGUUGUGACAUACUGUAUCUAUAAAGUGUUCCAAUUGAUGUUUACAUUUGUUAUUGCACAUAAUUAGUGUGGUUGGAACGGGACCAGCUCCCACUGAAGUGGAUUCUCGGUGCUUGUGGAGGGUCUUGAGAUUCUUUUUAAUAACUGGAGGGAACUCAGAUACAUUGCUUCCUACACAGUUUACAUGGCUUCGUUCCAGCACCUGCUAAUCUUAAAUUCGAGAAGUCUCUUCAGCUUAUUCAGUAUUGGGUCUGUCUUUUUCUCCAGUCACUUUCUCACUCUUUACACUAGUAUUUUCACCAUCCACCACAUCCUGCUCCCUUUUACAGGUUUAGCAGCAGUUGAGAUGUGCUCCUUAGAGUCCCCAGACCUCCCAGGCUUCUCUUUGACCUCAUCUUUUCUCCACAGAACCACCUGCGCAAACCAGCAUCAUCUCCCUCCAACCCCUCCAGCUACUCUAUAUUUCUAUUAAACUUCUACUGUUAUGUGCCCGUCUUGUGCAAGUGUUGGGGAAGUUCUUCCUUUUUUCUUUUUUCUUUUUUUGACUCAUUCCUGAAAAGAAACUAAAUGGCGGACCGUGUUUGAUAUUUUUGCCUAAAAGAGGUGCCACUAAAAUGACUAGCAUAGCACAAGAGAUCAAAAUAGAUGAUGUAGUGAUACAACUACCAUAGAUGUACCUAUGUAUUAUUCAUAUAUUAUGGAUUAUAACUUCUAUUUAUUCUCCUUGCCUGUAUAGUAUGUGUUCAGGUGCAUCUGUGUGUUAGAGAGAGAGAGAGGAUGUGUUAGAUGAGGAAUGUAGUAUUUAGAAGAAAAAGCAAGUGAUACCAGUGUGUUUAGUACCAGCAUGAUACAAUGAUACCAACAUUGUCAAUCUUAUUAACACACACCUAAAAAAAAAAAAAAAAACA